GAGGAAGGUCGCGAAGGACCCGUUGCGGAAGGCCAUGGUGAAGGGCCUACGGGGGUAGGAUUCCCUUACUGCUUAUUUGUUAUCGCUAUCCCAUUACCAAUCCGCCAUUAUAAUAGUACUAGAAUUGUACCAAUAAUGCAUGCAACUCUAUUAUGUACGCCCUCAAUGCCGCAGGCUGCUCAUAAUUAA